AUGCACAGGCUGAUAGUGCUGCUACUGCUGCUGGCACUGCAAAUAGCGCGCCAACGUGCGGCCGGAAAUGUUCUAUUCCGACAAUUUCUCAUUACAGCGGUGGAACGUAACUGCAUCGUGCCGCUGAAACCGGACUGGUCCUACUCAUCACCGCUGAUAUUCACACAGAACGGUGUACUGAUCUCACCCGAAAGCGACAGCCAGCUCAUGGAGAUUACACUGGCCACCGGUGAUGAGGUGGUGCUCUCCUGCUCACCCAACUAUUUCCGUGAAUUUUCCUCCGAAAAGGUAUUGUGGGCCCGCUGUAAGAAGGAUACAACGUUCGUGGUUAACGGUAUGGAUAAGAACUUCGUGUCGGCAUUGGCAUGCAAGGAGCGUCCGAUUGAGGAGAUCAUUGUGGCGGUCCGUGGAUGUCCGGCAACGUUGCGCUCGAUCGAGUACGGCUUCACCAAUCCGGUCACUAACAAAUCCUACAUCCUUGGCGAGGCGUGCUACGACGUAAAGCUCGGCCGCACUCAUUUCAUCCACACCAAAGUAAAGUCCGGCACCAACAGCAUCGAGCAGCUGGCGCUCAAAGUGAAGGACAACGCGACUUACUUCCACGGCUAUCAUCCGACGCAACGGUACAAGGUUGACCUCAGCAAAGCGCUCAACAUCAACGAUCAGGCGGAACGUUUCCGGCCCGUGUUUGGUGUGAAGAAUGCACCCAAGAUCGAAUCCCGCCGGUACAUCAACGAGGCGCUGCUCACCCACCGACAGUAUCUUUCAGUAUUAAAGAUGGCCUGGAACUACCAGAUCGUUAAGGAUCGCGAGCUGCUGCUGAACCUCGACCGGUUGCUGCAGGACAUCCGCGCGCUCGAGGUGUCCGAGGUGGAGAUAUACACCGGGGCGCACGGCGUCAUGACGCUGCAGGACAAACACAACCAGAGCGCGGAGGUGUACCUGGUGCGGGAGAAUCGCUUCCCGGUGCCGAGGCUACACUGGACGGUGGUGCGCUCGCUGGAGCGUGCCGUCGCGUUUGCCGUCUUUGGCAAAUCGCCACAGACCGAGCAGGAGCAGGACAGGCGAAGCUUCUGUACGGACCUGUGCGAGCAGAUCUCAUGGCUGAAGAAGCUCCACGAAAACGAUGCGUGGCAGGAUGGUCGGGCCGGGUACGUACUUUGCUGCGAGCUGGAAGAUUUCCGCCGCACGGUGAAGGAGAUGCCACCGAUCAGUGGCGUCAAGGCGGUGCUCGUUUAA